UCCGGUUCCCGUUCAGUAUCGCUUCUCGUUUGGUACAGUGUACACCGUCAGUUUCCAGCAAACCCCAAACUAAAUCAAAAUGGUUGACUUCUACUACCUGCCCGGCUCCUCGCCCUGCCGUUCCGUCAUCAUGACCGCCAAGGCCGUGGGCGUCGAUCUGAACAAGAAGCUGCUCAACCUGCAGGCUGGAGAGCACCUGAAGCCCGAGUUCCUGAAGAUCAAUCCCCAGCACACCAUCCCCACCCUGGUGGACAACGGCUUCGCCCUGUGGGAGUCGCGCGCCAUCCAGGUCUACCUGGUGGAGAAGUACGGCAAGACCGACUCCCUCUACCCCAAGUGCCCCAAGAAGCGCGCCGUGAUCAACCAGCGACUGUACUUCGACAUGGGCACCCUCUACCAGAGCUUCGCCAACUACUACUACCCGCAGGUGUUCGCCAAGGCCCCCGCCGAUCCCGAGGCCUUCAAGAAGAUCGAGGCUGCCUUCGAGUUCCUCAACACCUUCCUGGAGGGUCAGGAGUACGCCGCCGGUGACUCUCUCACCGUUGCCGAUAUCGCCCUGGUGGCUUCCGUGUCCACCUUCGAGGUGGCCGGAUUCGACAUUAGCAAGUACGCUAACGUCAACAAGUGGUACGAGAACGCCAAGAAGGUCACCCCCGGCUGGGAGGACAACUGGGCCGGCUGCCUGGAGUUCAAGAAGUACUUUGAAUAAGCCUGAUAUUUGAGUUUAUUUUUUAUACUAAUAUUUAUUCACGAUCGCAAAAUACAAACAAAAAACAAAAUAAUUCCAAAUUCGCCUGUUGCAGUGCACAAAUAAAUGAGUGUUCGCUUUUUUGAAUGCA